UUGUUAGGAUGUGCAGCAGUAUGUCAGUAUCGACAUGGAUCAUAUCUCUUACAAUUCGCAAGAAACCAACAAUAUGCAUAUUUUAAGCUUACUUAUAACGACUAUCCUUUAGGACAAAAUGCUUGGACUGGUGUUGCUUUCGGAGAAUCAAUGUACAGUGGGCUUGACUUUAUUGGCGUACUUAUAGUAAAUAGAAAAGUACUGGUCUUUGAUGAGUUUGUUCGUGGUUAUAGUCCACCAGUAGUAGAUACGCAACAAAAUGUAUUUGUUCAGUCUAUUUCAUUAAUUAAUGGCAAUUUACAAGUACAAUUUGCUAGACCAAUAAUAUCAAACGAUUCAGCAGACUUUUCAUUAGCAGGUUGCUUAUUUUGGCAGUUUCCAACUACAUUAUCGGCUGUGAGAUCUAAUGGACAAAUUCAUAAGCAUGUCAGUAUUCCACAAAAAAUGAUGAUCUGUUUGGAUCGAUGUCCUUGUGGACCUUCAUCAACUGCAGCUCAGUGUCAGCUGUAA